ACGGCGGAUAAUACAUCACGUCCGCUCAAGCCAAUGACAUAUAAGAGCAUAGUAAAACUCCUGGAGCGAUGCCGGAAUACUCCCUUCAGAUAAGGCAGAGAAGCACCAAUUAUGGCAUUGAACAGAGCGUCACGCGCAUACGCUCGUCGGCUGAUGACGAUGCCGCCGAUUGUCGCGCGCAGCACUGCGACAAGCAGCUGGAGUAGCUGCCGGGUGCUCGGUAAAUCAGCAGGCACGAGACUGUACAGCAGCUAUCCUACCCCAGAGGGAGCUCCUGCUGCUGCUAAAGCACCUUCCCAGAAGAAGGUGACGCUCCUAGGGCUUCAAAAUCUCUACAACUCAAACACUCCCAUCACGUCUAUAACCGCUCAUGAUUACCCAUCGGCCGUUGUCGCUGAGAAAGCGGGCGUCGACAUGAUUCUCGUUGGCGACUCGCUUGCUAUGGUUGCCCUGGGAUACAAUAACACAAACAUGCUCUCGCUAGACGAGAUGCUGUACCACUGCCGGGCGGUCGCGCGCGGCGCAAAGAGACCGCUGCUGGUCGCGGACCUGACGUUUGGAAGCUACGAGAUUUCACCGGAACAGGCGCUGGAGUCGUCGAUCCGGCUGGUAAAGGAGGGUAAUAUGGAGGCUGUUAAAUUGGAAGGAGGACGUGAGAUGGUACCGACAAUCAAGAAGAUCACGAAUGCGGGGAUCCCGGUCCUGGGCCAUAUCGGUCUGACGCCGCAGCGAAGUACGUCGCUGAGCGGUUUCCGCGUGCAGGGCAAGUCGAUUGAGGAUGCUCAGGCCCUGAUUGAGGAUGCGCAAGCACUGCAGGAGGCCGGCUGCUUUGCGAUCGUGCUCGAGGCUGUUCCGGAUGCGCUGGGGAGGAUCAUCACAGAGAAGCUGCAGGUGCCCACGAUCGGGAUCGGCGCAGGGGCGGACUGCUCGGGACAGAUCUUGGUGCAGCUCGACAUGCUCGGCCAGUUUGACAAGUUCACGCCCCGGUUCGUGAAGAAGUAUGCGCAAAACUACGAGACCAACGUCGCUGCAUUACAAGAGUACGUGAGCGACGUGCGCGCGCGCGCGUUCCCGGCCGAGGAGCACGUCUACAAGAUGAACGGCGACAUCCUAGCCAAGCUUCAGACCUCUCUCGGUUCAUCACCAGACCAGGGAGCAGAGGAAGCGAGCGACGACGCGCGCAAAUGAGGAGCUGCGCACGUGUCGAUGUCAAAGAUGCCAAAAUAGAGUUGAACAUGAGACGAUGACGUAAUUUAACUUUUAAUUUUUUCGCUUGGCCGGCGCCCUGAUUCUGCGGGGAAGCCGCGAGUAUUUGAUGCGGCCCGCGUGCAGCCCUCGGCGCAGCAUCGCGUGCAGCCAGCAGCACUCUGCAUGAAUCCGCCAGCCUUAUCUCUGUUUGCCCUAUAAACGAUUGGCUCUCGCUGCUCAUGUUUGACCU